GCAUUCGGUGAUGAGAAGUGCUACACUGAUGCAGGCACGAUGAGUCUGACACUGAAGAAUAUGUCUAUAAAGGCUGGGAAGGAGCUGAAGAUCACAGGUGUUCCCAAGCCUGAUGCCCUCAGUUUCUCUGUCAACAUUGGCCACGGGGAGGACAACAUUGCACUGCACUUCAACCCUCGGUUCAACUAUCAAGGAGACAACAAUGUCAUAGUCUUCAACUCCCGCCACGGAGGCUCCUGGUCUGAGGAGCGUAGAGAGAACCACUUCCCCUUUGAGCAGGGAGAAGAGUUCAAGGUGACCAUCUCCUUCAACAAUGAAGAGUUUCGGGUCAAGCUGCCUGAUGGCAACAUGCUGUACUUUCCCAAUCGCUUUGGUGACGACAAGUACAUGUACAUCCAAGUAGAGGGAGAUGCCAGGGUCACUGGCUUCAAAUUGAAGUAGUCAAAUCAAGCAACCGGGAGCAUCCUUGUUUCGACUGCUAAUAGGUUUCAGUGUCUGACUAUUGAUUGGCUGAUGGGUUUCAUGUCUGUCUGCUGAUUGGUUAGCCAUGAUUACGUGCUUAUCGUCUAUCUAGACACUCGUGCCUUUAACAUCCUCCUCCUCGCAAUACACCUUUCACUUGUAUAAAGGCUGUGAACAUGCAUGCAGACAACUGACCUCAGUAGUGACCAUGUCAUAAUCAGUUACCAGUCUGUAAAUGGCUUUCUCACAUUACAUAUGUGUUUUAAUAAACCACU